AAAGGAAAGUGAGAUUGGAAGGUUGAACACAGCAUUGCAUUCGCAUUCGCAUUCCAUUUUCCAACAGCUUUAGCUUCACCCUCUUUGGGCGCCGCCCUGUUUCUAUUUUAUUUUCCUGUCAAGCAGCAGCGGCGGCAGCAGAGGGCAGAAGAGGCAGCAGCAGCCUAGCCCAGAAACAAGACUCACGCAUCUCCGUCAUUCACAGAGAGCAGGCAACCCUCUUUUGCCGCUCCAACCACGCACCUCAUCCCACCCACAAUCCCAACCUCGUGCACACACACCCAAUAAUUAUUGAAAUAAUACCUGCGCUUCUCGCCGGCACCCACCAAGCCUGAGCACCACCCCUCUCCCCUCCCCCACCCUUCACCACACACACCACACCCACACCACCGAACGCAGCGCUGACAACGCUGCCUGUCCGCCGCCGCUCGGCACAGACCCUCCAAUCCAUCCUCGUGGCGACCACCGACAGCCUCCUCUACCAGCACGCAAAUCAUGCGGAAGCCCUGCUAUCGAAACUCCGCAUUUCCACCCUUGGGGCGAGCACCUUUGAGCCGACUCCCUAUAACCCCCGCCCGCUGCCGCCAGACAUGAGCUCUCCCUUCGCCUCGCCUCCUCCACCAUACACUCCCGAGCACCCGCACGUGAUACUCGACCACGAAAAGAUACCACGAGAAGGCGCGCCCCCGCCUCCACACCCUCUAGUCGAUCCUGCCGGACACGCUGCCGCGAACACUCACUCUGUAAACAUGUCUAGCACGAAACCCCUGGGCCUACGCGCCAAUGACAAGGACAUCUUCCACCUGCCCCCGAGCACCGCUCUCACCCUGCUCUCGAGGAGCAUCGAAUUGCUGGUCUCCAUAACCGGCGACGUCCCUCCCACCCCGCCCGCCAGUGGCCCUUCCACCCCCGACAUGGAGGAGGAACUGCACCCCACGGCUAUCGACAGCCAUCGUGAUGGUGCUGGCUUCUCUUUCGGCAGUGCGGUGCAGGAUGGUCUCGACGGUGUCGUUUUGAAGCACAGGAGGGACGAGUUCAGCGAUGAUGACGACAUCUCGGACGGUGGUGAGGAAAUGAAGAUAAUUGGAGUUGGUGCAAAGGGUGCCUUUCAGAAUGGCGCAAUCACACGAAAGUUCUGGUCCAAAGCUGCUCCGGGCAUUUCCAUUGAAGAUUAUCUCUUCCGGUCAGUUUUGAUUGCCGCUUCUUCCGCCCCUUCCCUGCAGAGAGCCGUUUUUCCUGUGCGGUUCUGAGCCCGAAGGGGAGGAAAAGAGGGGUGAAGUGGAGGCUAACUGGUUUGUUUCAUUUAGAAUACACCGUUUCUGCCCUUUGAGCACGGCAGUCUACCUCGCAGCCUCGGUCUAUCUCCACCGCCUUGCUGUCACGGAGCGAAUAAUCCCCAUAACCCGACUCAACGUCCACCGUCUGCUCCUCGCCGCUCUCCGCGUCGCCAGCAAAGGCCUGGAGGAUAUGAGCCAUCCACACAAAAGGUUCGCAAAAGUAGGGGGAUUAACCGAACUAGAGCUGAGUAGGCUCGAAGUCAGUGAGUUUAACCCCCCAUUUUUUUCUCAGGGCUUUCACUUUUUACUCCACUUUGCUUGUCUGUGUGGGAAAGUAGUGUGUUAAUGUCGAUUUUUUUCUUCUAAAGGUUUCUGCUUCCUUAUGAAUUUCGACCUAAAGGUCGACAAGGCCGCUCUGGAGAAGCACAUGGAAUCCCUGCGGGAAACGGCGAAUCGCCAGGCUUCGCUGGGCACCUCCGGACUUGUAUUUCCAGCUACUCCGCCAAAGGAGUCCUCCAUGGCUGGCAUGGGGAAGAUCAAGAUGAUGGUUAAACCCGUCAUGUUGGAUGUAUAAAAGGGAAAGACUACCAAAAGAAAAAAACCGAAAAAAACCGAAAAAAAAACCUCUCCUUUCUCCUUUUUCAUCUCUGUUAACGAGCGGGAGUUCUUUUCUUUCUUUCCUUCUUUACUUUCGUUUUUUCUCUCCAUAUCUGGCAUAUUCAAGGUGGCAUAUACCCAACCCAGCAAACUAACCAUUACCCCCCAUUACCUAAUCCAAACCAACCUCACUCCUACAUUCCUCUCCUCCUCCCCCCGUCCUAAGAUCCACCCCAUCCAUCCCAAUUCACUUUCUCCCAUCAAAUCAUAAUGUAGUUGUACGAACUUUUUUCUCUUCUUUUUCUUCCCAUCUUUCAUAUCAUUUCCAUCAUCCAUUUCACUUGAUCGCCAUCUCCAUCAUAGGACCCGGGUAUCUUGGCUAUUUUUUUCUUCCUUCCAUCAUCUCAUUUGUCGGUUGGGGUCAUCAGGUUGGGGUUUGCUUAUUCUUUUUUGUUGACAAUCUAUCCAUCUUUCCACCUUGGCUCAUAUCAUACUUUUUUUAUUUUAAACUUUUGCUUGCUCACUCUCUGGAAUUGGACCAGAUUAUUGUGGAGGUUGCGCACGCUCCGCAGUUCGGGGAGGCGGGGGUAUAGUAAUUGUUAAGAUUAGAAAUAUUACAAGUAUGAAUUUAGUCUGGCAAUUUGUUCGAU